AUGAUGUCCAGAGGAGAGCGGGACAAUGGGAAAAAUGGCACUGGCUACAAGGAGGACAAUAUUAGAAACGACCGGGACCAGGAUUCAGAGGGAAAAGCACAUAAGAGAUCGGAGACCAUUAACUGUGGUGUGAGCCUAAGGAAGAAGGUGAGCAAAAAUGCCGAGAGCGCGGUGCCGUCCGCACGGGCGGAGAAGCCUCCCCUGGAGCAGCUGUACCGGGAGGGCCCGCUGCUGGGGAGCGGCGGCUUCGGCAGCGUUUACGCCGGGACCCGGCUCGCCGACGGCGUUCCGGUGGCCAUCAAGCGAGUGUCCCGGGACCGCGUCUUGGAGUGGGCGCGGCUGCACGACGGCGCCCUUGUGCCCCUGGAGCUGGUGCUGCUCUGGAUGGCGUCGUGGCCCGGCUUCCGCGGCAUCGUGCGGCUCCUGGACUGGUUCGAGCUGCCCGACGGCUUCGCGCUGGUCAUGGAGCGUCCGGAGCGCUGUCAGGACCUCUGGCACCUGCUGCACGCGGGGGGGUUCCUGCCAGAGCCCGUGGCGCGGGCGCUGUUCCGGCAGGUGCUGGGGGCCGUGCGGCACUGCACCAGCCGCGGCGUCCUGCACCGCGACAUCAAGGCCGAGAACGUGCUCGUUGACCUGGCCACCGGCGAGGCGAAGCUCAUCGACUUCGGCUGCGGCACGAUCCUGCAGGACACGUUCUACACCCAGAUGGCCGGAACGCGGGAGUACUACCCACCGGAGUGGAUCCUCUUUGGCCGCUACCAUGGCCAGCCAGCCACCAUCUGGUCCCUGGGCAUCCUGCUCUAUCAGCUGGUGUGCAGGCACCUUCCUUUCAAAAGCAGAGAGGACAUCGUCCGGGGACAGCUCUUCUUCCCGCCCCGGGUGUCUCAAGAGUGCCAGCACCUGAUCAGGUGGUGCUUAUCCAUGGACCCUGCAGACAGGCCAUCCUUGGAUGACCUUUUACGUCCUCUUCUUUUCACAGUAGCCAAAUCACUCAAACUUUCAGUCAGGACAGGGACUGUGGCCACAGCUGACCACAAACUGGACACGGUCAUGAGACGCAAGUUCUGUUCCUUUGUUUGCCGCCAAUGCCACGAUCAAUCAGCAGCAUCAGAGAGAAGAAGUCUGAACAUGCAGCCGUUGCCUCCCAUCCGGAAGGGCUCUCCUUCCUGCAAGCCAAUCAUAAUGUGCAAUGGAGAGGAAGAGAAAGGGAAAGAUGGCACUGGCUACAAAGAUAUCAGUAGAAACAGUGCGGAGCUGAGUUCAGAGGGAAAAGGGAGUGAGAGAACCUACCAACACUUAAUACGAAGUUCAGAGUCCCACACCAAGUCAGCACAGAAUCUGAGGAAAGUGAAAGCUAAAACUUAA